UUACUAUCCCCUCUCUGCUAUCCGCAACUCUGCCGGUCACUACAUCAGUCAAUGUUUCUGCAGCCUCAAUGGAUCCACCCAACAUGCUGCCCGUUACAUUACGUGGGAAAGAUGAGGGGCGGUCAGGGGAAGGACUAACGAGAAUGGGAGACAGCCCACCAUGCCUCAUUGCACACCAGGGUUUUCAUGGUCGAGCGAUACAACAAACUACUCCCGAGAGGAGACUGCAGGCAGCACUGUAA